GGGCUGCUAGUCGGUGACUAAGCCGGUGGACACUCGACGCGCCAAGACCCGGGGAUCGCUCGAAGCAGUUUAGCCCGCCAAACCUCCAUCGCCCUCUUUCCUCCGCGAUUCCGUAUAGUAUCCUCCUUUCGUUUGCUUCCAUCCUCUCUAUCGUUCUUUCAUCCGAACCCUUAGAUAUUACUUGCAAUGCCAUCCCAAGAAGGACAGAAAUCGCCAGACCAAGACCACCCCAACUCCUGGGGAAAUGUGGAGCGCAAAUUCAGCAAUAAAACUGCAAGCGAAUACUAUGAUCCUUGCCAGGAUUUUGCGGACCGCAGUCUCAAAUGUAUGAAGCGGAAUGCGUUCGACCGCGAGAUGUGUCAUGACUAUUUCCAAGCCUAUCGCGACUGUAAAAAACAGUGGUUGACACAAAAGAAGCUUGCCGGGUCUCCGGCUGCAAAGUAAUGAUAGCAGUCGACGAUCAUAUUAUCGGAAUGUCGCGACAAGGUUUCGUUUUGAUACUAUAAUGACCUCUGCGUUCCAAAGGUAUCUUGGGUAUUGAGACAAAGCAGCCGGUUAUCUUCAGGUCGCUUAAACGGGCAUUUACCCAGACCUCUGAUGACUGACGAGUCGAAGUGCACAAUACCAGACGGGAACUGGACCAUGACCACCUUUUCAGUCAAUCCAGAAGCAUCGGCAUUGGGUUUGCAGGCAAACAUAUGCUAUUCCCGGUAUCCCGUUGAAGUUGGUUCUGUUUAGUAGUUGAUCUACGAGAUAAGCGCUCUGUCUCUUCUUGCUUUGCUUCUCCCGACACUCUUCGCCACAGUCUCCUUAUCCUAAAUGGUUGUUCAUUACCUACGUGUAUAUUAUCUCUCUAAUGUGAAUGACUUGCUCUUCUA